AUGGAAGGGCUACGAGGUUCUGGUCAGACAACUGGGAACAUAACAGCCUACCUGCAAGGGACAAGAAACACUAGGCUUGGAAUUCCAGUAUUGGCAACGCUGGCGAGCUUGAAUGGAAAUGAUAGGUGGUUGCUACCUCCUGCAAGGUCAGAAAACAUGAGAUCGUAUCUUGCGAAACGGAGUAACCUGCGACCUGCACGCAUGUGGGCAGACUCCUUAGCUCAGAUGAACACUGGAAUAAACUUACGCUCUUGGCUUGGCAAGCUUCGAUCUAUUGGAUAUGGCAUGAAAGAAAUGGGAGACUACAUCGACAAAUCUUCAAUUCAUAGGCAAAUCAGGAACUGA